AUGAAUACCUUUCUUCCUCAAGGAGCACCUUUUCAGAAUCCCUUUUUACCUAUUAUCUCCAAACAGAAACUGGCGGAAUGGGUGGCCAUCCAGAGUGUGUCUGCGUGGCCCGAGAAGAGAGGGGAGAUCCGGCGGAUGCUGGGACUCGCUGCCGCUGACAUCAGGCAGCUGGGCGGCUCCGUGGAGCUCAUAGAUAUCGGCAAACAGAAGCUCCCCGACGGCUCCGAGAUACCACUUCCACCCAUCCUGCUCGGCAAGCUGGGCUCCGACCCCCACAAGAAAACCGUGUGUAUUUACGGACACCUGGACGUACAGCCCGCAGCCCUGGAGGACGGCUGGGACAGCGAGCCCUUCACCCUGGUGGAGCGCGAUGGCAAAUUGUACGGGCGAGGUGCAACCGAUGAUAAGGGGCCGGUGGCCGGCUGGCUGAAUGCCCUGGAAGCCUUCCAGAAAACAAAUCAGGAAAUCCCAGUCAACAUCCGCUUCUGUCUGGAAGGCAUGGAGGAGUCGGGCUCCGAAGGGCUGGAUGAGCUGAUUUUUUCCCGGAAGGACACAUUCUUCAAAGACGUGGACUACGUGUGCAUCUCUGACAACUACUGGCUGGGGAAGAAGAAGCCGUGCAUCACCUACGGUCUCCGGGGCAUUUGCUACUUUUUCAUCGAGGUAUCAUGUAGACUUCUACACAGCGGCUGGUGGCGGGGUGCAGUGGGCAGGCUCACCUGUCUGCCCUCGGGGUCUGUACCCCGGCCUGUGAUUGUGUGCGUCCCGGGCCAGCCGGUGACCCCGAGGGACUCCCAGGUGCAUUGCCACUUCCUGGUAAGGAGGGAGUGCCAUCACCGCCCCACCUUGUUCCCGCAGAAAGACAUCCUGAUGCACCGGUGGCGCUACCCGUCCCUCUCCCUCCACGGGAUCGAAGGCGCCUUUUCUGGGUCUGGGGCCAAGACCGUGAUUCCCAGGAAAGUGGUUGGCAAGUUCUCCAUCAGGCUCGUGCCGAACAUGACUCCCGAAGUCGUGAGCGAGCAGGUUACGAGCUACCUGACAAAGAAAUUUGCUGAACUGCACAGCCCCAACAAGUUCAAGGUGUACAUGGGCCACGGCGGGAAGCCCUGGGUGUCUGACUUCAACCACCCUCAUUACAUGGCUGGGAGACGAGCCCUGAAAACAGUGUUUGGCGUCGAGCCGGACUUGACCAGGGAAGGCGGCAGCAUUCCUGUGACUCUGACCUUCCAGGAGGCCACGGGGAAGAACGUCAUGCUGCUGCCUGUGGGCUCGGCCGACGACGGCGCCCACUCCCAGAACGAGAAGCUCAACAGGCGUAACUACAUAGAAGGAACCAAGAUGCUGGCCGCGUACCUGUAUGAGGUGUCUCAGCUGGAGUAGUGAGCCGGCCAUCUCCCCCGAGCACUGCCGGAGGAGUCCUGCGCUGUGUCCGUCCACGCGCUCUCCCGGUCGCUCAGGACAGCAAAGCCCAUCUCUCUCCUUUCCCUCUGGUCAGCACAGACGGGGUGACAGCAGAGUCCUCAGAGGUGGGCAGCGUGACGGGCUCCGGAAAAUAGCCAAGAUCUGAAAGUGCACGUUCCGUAGAAGGUUCUGGUUGGCAUCCUGUUGGG